GGCGCCUCCUCCUGCCUCCGUGCGCGGCAGGGGCAGCGGCUGGACCCGGGCGCGGGCUGAGCGCGAGAAAGAAACAGCUGUAAAGGACAUCCUUGGGACAGUUAUGAACAUUUGAAUUUCAACUGGAUAUUAGAGAUGGCUGAUUCUGACCCUGGGGAAAGAGACUAUGACAGCACGCCAAAAACACUGUCAGACCUGAAUAAAGACUUGGAAAAACUACUGGAAGAAAUGGAGAAAGUCUCAGUGCAGGCCACAUGGAUGGCCUACGACAUGGUGGUGAUGCGCACCAACCCCACGCUGGCGGAGUCCGUGCGCCGGCUGGAGGAUGCCUUCCUCAACUGCAAGGAGGAGAUGGAGAAGAACUGGCAAGAGCUGCUCAGGGAGACCAAGCGCAAACAGUGACGCUGCGGGCAGCCUGUGCGGAGAAGCCACUGGUGGUGGGUUUUCUGCUUGGCGGAGUGACAGCGACCCAAAUAUACGGCGCUAUGCACAGCACUUGAUUUCUCAGUAAACUUAUUUUCAAGCACAA